GUCAUUUUGACGUGUCACAAGCACCGAUCGCCAGGGGAGCCCUAAUAAUUUUCCAAAAUCCUUUAAUUAAAAUUUUCUUGGAAUCUGUUAAGUGCAGAUAAUUGGAAUGGGAUACAAAUUUUUGAAACUCGCUUCUUCUCAAUAUCGGAAUGGAGGAGUAAGAAUUAUUGCCAGACAAUAUUCAACUACCCAUGAUGCUGACCUAGUGGUGAUCGGUGCAGGACCUGGUGGAUAUGUUGCCGCCAUUAAAGCUGCCCAAAUGGGCAUGAAGGUAGUUUCAGUAGAAAAGGAAGCUUCUCUUGGUGGUACAUGUCUAAAUGUUGGCUGCAUACCUUCUAAGGCUCUUCUACAUAACUCUCAUCUAUAUCAUAUGGCCAAACAUGACUUUAAGCAUCGUGGUAUUGAAGUUGGCAAUGUCUCUUUUGACUUCAAAGCAAUGAUGGACUACAAAGUCAAAGCAGUGAAGGGCCUAACUGGAGGAAUUGGCAUGCUGUUCCAAAAGAAUAAGGUCCAGCUUAUUCGUGGUGUUGGCACACUUGUGGCACCAAACAAGGUUGAAGUUAAAGGUGAAAAAGGGGUAGAAACUGUGAACACAAAGAAUAUUAUUCUUGCAACUGGCUCAGAGGUCACUCCUUUCCCUGGUGUUCAAAUUGAUGAAAAACAAAUUAUUUCAUCUACCGGAGCUCUAUCUCUUUCCUCUGUGCCCAAAAAGAUGCUGGUGAUUGGAGCCGGUGUUAUUGGCCUGGAAUUGGGCUCCGUGUACCAGAGGUUGGGAGCUGAUGUUACUGCCAUUGAGUUCCUAACUAGUAUUGGAGGUGUUGGUAUUGAUGGGGAAGUAGCAAAGACCUUGCAGAAGAUUCUCACCAAACAGGGUUUGAAGUUCAAACUGGGCACAAAAGUAUCAGGAAUCAGUAAGGCUGGUUCCGUAAUUAAAGUAGAUGUCGAAGCUGCUCAGGGCGGCGGUAAGGAAACUCUCGAAUGCGACGUAGUUUUGCUGUCUAUCGGCCGUCGACCUUACACCAAGGAUCUUGGCCUUGAAAAAGUAGGCAUUGCUCUCGAUGACCGUGGCAGAGUUCCAGUCAACAAUAAAUUCCAGACCACAGUACCUGGAAUCUAUGCCAUCGGUGACAUUAUUCAUGGACCUAUGUUAGCCCACAAAGCUGAAGAUGAAGGAAUAGUAUGUGUUGAAGGUAUAAAGGGUAUGCCUGUCCACUUUAACUACGACGCCAUUCCAUCGGUAAUCUACACAAGCCCUGAAGUAGGUUGGGUCGGAAAGACUGAAGAAGAUCUGAAAAAAGAAGGCAAAGCAUAUAAAGUUGGCAAGUUCCCAUUCGUGGCCAACUCUAGAGCGAAAACCAACAGUGAAACUGAUGGCUUCGUAAAAGUUCUAUCCGACAAGACGACCGAUAUUAUCCUAGGAACACAUAUCAUUGGUCCCGGUGGUGGCGAACUGAUCAACGAGGCUGUAUUAGCGCAAGAAUAUGGAGCAUCCGCUGAGGACGUCGCGAGAGUUUGUCACGCGCAUCCUACUUGUGCAGAGGCGCUACGUGAAGCGAAUAUGGCUGCGUAUAUUGGAAAACCAAUUAACUUCUAAUUUAGUUAAUCUGUUAUAAUAUGUGCGUAUCCAAUUGAACAGCAGGGUACUACUACAUUAGAAAAGUAGGCGACUGUUGAAUGUCUUCUAAGGAAUCUUGUAUGAAUCUGAUUGAAACGAUUUUGGAUAUAUUCCGUACAUACCAACACGUUGAACUAACUUAACAAUUAUUCUGUUUUUUUAUUUUAAUAUAUCAAUUUGUUAAUAUUGUGAACAUGAAACAUUUUAAUAAUAUUUAUUUUGGAAAUAUUUAUUUACGUUCUUAAGUUUCAUUCCAGUUUUGUUUGAAAUAUCCAAAAUCCUGUUGCAUUUACUACGAGUAAAUGUAGUGUACAUUGAUGUAUUUAUUUUCGUUUUGUAAAUAGUUAUACUGAAAUACAGUUAUUCGC